AGGAGAUGAAGGUGCUCCCAGCAUCUGGGCUUGCUGUGCUCCUCAUCACAGCUCUGAAGUUGUCCACUGCAGCCCCCUCCCUAUUUGCAGCCACCCACAGGACCUCAAGGAACAACUACCACCUUGCACAGGCAUAUCUUGACAAGUAUUACACUAAGAAAGGAGGACAGCAGAUUGGUGAGAUGGUGGCAAGAGGAAGCAAUUCAAUGGUAAAGAAGAUUAAAGAGCUACAAGCAUUUUUUGGCCUCCAAAUCACAGGGAAGUUAGACAGGUCCACAAUGGAUAUGAUCAAGAAGCCUCGCUGUGGAGUUCCUGAUGUGGCAAACUAUCGGCUCUUCCCAGGUGAACCCAAAUGGAAAAAAAAUACCUUGACAUACAGAAUAUCCAAAUACACAUCUUCUAUGACCUCUGCUGAGGUGGACAAAGCAGUGGAAAUGGCCCUGCAGGCCUGGAGCAGUGCUGUCCCACUGAACUUUGUCAGAGUCAACUCGGGAGAAGCGGAUAUAAUGAUAUCCUUUGAAACUGGAGAUCACGGGGAUUCAUAUCCAUUUGAUGGGCCUCGAGGGACUCUAGCCCAUGCAUUUGCACCUGGAGAAGGCCUGGGAGGAGAUACACACUUUGACAAUGCUGAGAAGUGGACUAUGGGAAUGAAUGGUUUCAAUUUAUUCACUGUUGCAGCUCAUGAAUUUGGUCAUGCAUUGGGCCUGGCCCAUUCCACAGACCCAUCUGCAUUGAUGUAUCCAACUUAUAAGUAUCAGCAUCCCUUUGGAUUCCACCUCCCCAAAGACGAUGUGAAAGGGAUCCAGGCAUUAUAUGGACCUCGGAAAACAUAUCCUGGAAAACCCACAGUGCCCAAUGCCCCGCCUCAUAAUCCAUCCACCCCUGACCUCUGUGACUCCAGCUCAUCCUUUGAUGCAGUGACAAUGCUGGGGAAGGAGCUUUUGUUCUUCCGGGACAGGAUUUUCUGGCGUCGGCAGGUUCAUGUACCAGCAGGUAUCCGGCCCAGCACCAUCACCAGCUCCUUCCCCCAGCUUAUGUCCAACGUGGAUGCAGCUUAUGAAGUGGCUGAGCGGGGCACUGCUUACUUCUUCAAAGGCCCCCACUACUGGACAACAAGAGGAUUCCAAAUGCAAGGCCCUCCCCGGACUAUUUAUGACUUCGGUUUCCCCAGAUAUGUGCAGCGAAUAGAUGCUGCCGUUUAUCUCAAGGAUGCAGAGAAGACUCUUUUCUUUGUGGGAGAUGAAUACUACAGCUAUGAUGAACGAAAAAGGAAAAUGGAAAAAGACUAUCCAAAAUAUACUGAAGAGGAAUUUUCGGGAGUAAAUGGUCAAAUAGAUGCUGCUGUAGAAUUAAAUGGCUACAUUUACUUCUUUUCAGGACCCAAAGCCUACAAAUAUGAUACGGAGAAGGAAGAUGUGGUCAGUGUGGUGAAAUCUAGUUCCUGGGUUGGUUGCUAAAUAGAAAAGUCUAGUCUUACCUGAGGAAUGAAGAUGACUGCAAGCAGCCAAUAACUGGAUCUUAAGGACAAAAGCAGAAUGUAGGACAGGGGUCUUUCCCAUGGCCUUCAGGAAGGUUUCUAAGGGCAACUUAGAAUUCUUUGAAAGUAAUCAAGUUUCUAUAUUUUUUAUCAUGGUUUUGGAUUCAGAAUUUUAAUCCA